AUGGCAAAGCCGCCUCAAGUUUUCUUCCUUGAGGAGUGGUUGAGGAGCACUAUCAAUAAGAAUCGGUCAGCACAUCCGUCUUCUCCUUCAUCUGCUCAAGCCAUAAUCCAAGCUUGGGCUGACCUUAGAGAGUCAAGUCAACAUCGGUCCUUUGAUACCCGUCACCUCCAAGCUUUGAAGACCCUUGUCGACUCUCAAUCCGUUCUUUACGUUGCAGACCCACAAGCAAAGCUUAUAACUUCUAUUUUGUCUUUAUCUUCACAUGGUCUCUCUCUCCCAGAGGAAUCUUUUCCCUUACUCAUAAGGCUUCUUUAUGUCUGGGUAAGGAAAUCGAGACAAGCUUCUUCGGUUGUUGAUUCUGCUGUUGACGUCCUGGUAGACCUUCUAUCUCGACAAUCGCAUUCUGAAAAAAAUUCCCUUUUCAUAUCUGAAGGGAUUUUACUUCUGGGCUCCCUUGCUUUCCAAUCUUCUGCGUCCGAGAAACCCAAAAGUAUUUGCUUGGACUUGCUCUGUAAGUUUCUGGAAGAGGAUAUCAGAUUUGUUUUCUCAUCUGAUGAGAUGGCCUCCCUUGUACUUGCGGGCGCUGGUUAUGCACUCUCUUCUCCACUGAAAAUAUGUUUCAGAAGAAUUCUAGAGAUUUUGCUCUGCUUUUGGGGUGGAGGCGAUCAGUUCGGCAUUUCUCAAGGGCUGAUGCUACUGCAUUUGAUCGAGUGGGUUGUAUCGAAUCUCUUGAGGUCACGUUCCGUGGAUAAAAUGGAAAAUUUGAGAGACGUGUUGGAAAAUGUUGAGCCUGCAUAUUUUUCGUAUGCUGUGAUCAUGGCUGCAGCUGGUGUGCUGAGGGCUGUAAAUAGAUCUGGAACAAGUGGUUUCAUGUAUCUUUCGAAUUGCGCAGAGGAACGAAUUGAGACUGUGGCACGGAAUUUUGUCCCCAGAAGUAGAGGUUUUGAUUGUGAUGAAAAUAAACCUGGGGCUAACCUUCUUUUGCAUUUUAUGGCAAUAGCUUUAUCCCGGAGUGGUUCAGUUUCUCAUAAACCCUCGUUUCUUAUCUCACUUGCGUUGGCACUGUUGACCGAAGUGUUCCCUUUGCAGCAUUUCUGUAACAAAAUUCUUAGAUUUCCCGACGAAAAUCGAGCUGCAGUACUUGAUGAGAUCAAUGGGCAUCUGAGUAGCUUCAUCUUCAAGGAAGCCGGAUCGAUAACGGGUGUGCUUUGUAAUCAAUAUGCAUCAGCCGAUGAUGACAGCAGAAGCACGGUGGAGAAUCUCAUAUGGGAUUACUGUCAGGAAGUUUAUUCAUGGCAUAGGCAGACAAGGGUGGUGCUUGUUGGAAAGGCAGAUAAUCUAAUCCGGGAGAUAGAGAAAAUUGCUGAAUCUGCAUUCCUUAUGGUUGUGGUUUUUGCAUUGGGAGUAACAAAACAUAGAUUAGGCCCAAAUAUAGACCGAGAAAGUCAACUUGAAAUCUCAUUAAGAGUAUUGAUUUCGUUCUCUUGUAUGGAAUAUUUUCGUCGGAUGCGUUUGCCCGAGUAUAUGGAUGCAAUUAGAGCAGUUGUCGUAAGCGUUCAGGAGAAUGAAUCAGCUUGUGCCAAAUACAUAGAGUCCAUGCCUUCCUAUGACGAUGUGAUCAAUAAUCACGGUUCUUUCAACUUCCAAAAAUCAGACUAUCUGUGGUCCAGUGAUGAGGUUCAGACUGCCCGCAUCAUAUUUUAUAUGCGUGUUAUUCCUACUUGUGUUGAUCGUUUACCAGCAUCAACAUUUAAGAAAGUGGUAGCUCCCACUAUGUUCCUAUACAUGGGGCAUCCCAAUGGGAAAGUUGCCAGAUACACGCAUUCGGUCUUUGUGGCUUUCAUGGCUUCUGGGAAAGAUCCUACUCAUGAUGAAAGAGCUUUACUGAAAGAGCAACUUGUCUUUUAUUACAUACAGAGAUCGUUGGAGGGAUAUCCUGGGAUUACACCAUUUGAGGGAAUGGCAUCUGGAGUUGCUGCACUCGUUAGACAUCUUCCCGCUGGUAGUCCGGCAAUAUUCUUUUGCAUUCAUAGUCUUGUCGAGAAGGCCACUAGCCUCUGCAGCACAAUCAGCAGGCAUGAUAGCCAUGACUGGAAAAACUGGGAAGGGGAGUUGGAGCCUCCUAAAAAGUUGCUAGAUCUGCUUUUACGGCUACUCUCAUUAGUUGAUAUACAGGUUCUAGCAACUUUGAUGAAGUUAUUGGCCCAGCUGAUUGUGCAGCUACCUCUGAAUGGCCAGAAUUCGCUCCUUAAUCAACUGUAUCAACAAAUCGCUGAUUCCGAUGAUGUCAUACGAAAACCUGCUCUGGUUUCCUGGGUGCAGUCUUUAUCGUAUCUUUGUUCUCGGGGUGCAAACAAGAAAAAUUCUUUAUUAAGCUCGAUAAGCAUGAACAGGAUUAGUGCCCGGCUCUAG